GAAAAAUCUCAAGAAGUACCUUGAUUCGGCUGCUGUAAGGGCAAUGAAGACCAUUGCAACGAUCGGCUCUGGGGUACCUGUAUUUGUGUUUGAGAUCCCGAGGAAUCUGGAUUUAUUGAAGGCACACUGGAGUAGGUGGAUGCCCUAUUAUAAAGAAUGUACAGAUAUCAGGAUUCUUAAUGAUGACAAUCUUGCUAAGAUUGAUGAUGGCUCGUUAUUUAGCUUACACCCAUGUGAGCAAAUCCCAACUCAGAAGUACACGAUUAAUCCUGAUACAUUAUACGAGAUUUAUUCUAAGGCCUUUAUCCCAAAAAUUAGAAUCAAACAACCAAGAGGCAUGAAUAAAAAAGAGGCAAAGGCUCCCUGUGUGAUCAAAGUUCCAGUCGCUCAAGGUCGGGAUGGUGUAAAGAUUGCGACAACCGACCGAGAAAUUUAUGAAUAUGAAGAAUGGGUCAUGAAACAAGGGGCUCAACAAAUUGCUGGUCUGGGGCUAUUUACUAUAGUUCACCAGGAAUUGAUCCCACGAAUCUUCGUCUAAUAAAAUUCUGUCAACCGGUAUUACAAAA